GCUUAACAUCGUUCUUCUAUUCUCACCCUCGAGCCUGAAUCCAUAUAUCAAUCUCUAAUAGAAGUUCAUGUUAUAGUAUAGGAUAGCAUAAAACAUAUCAUGAAUUCUCUGAACAAUGGUCUCAAUGUAAGUGAUGUAUUGAGAAAUAUGCCAUCUUUUACAUUUACAAAAACUAUGGAAUUGAUUGAAUCUAUAGUGAAGGAAAUUGAGUAUGACAAAAUCAAAUCUGACUUGGGUGAGGAGGGUGAACCGGAAAGACCUACAAAUGAUUAAUGGAGGAGAUAAAAUGCUCAUUUAAUGAAGGAAUUCAUAAGAAAACCUGAUAACAAGAUUGAGGAAUUAGAAGAGGAAUAGUUUGAAGAGAAGCCUCCUUCUUGGGAAGAGUUUUAGCCUGAAAUUGUAUAAACAUAAUAGGAGCCUGAGAGCGAUUUAUAUGAUGAUCAUUUGAGAAGUCAGUUAUCGUAUAGAGAGAAGAUGAGAAAGGAAUUCGAAGAAAAUCAAGCUCAAAUAGAGAAGGAAAAAUAGGAAGAACGAAGAAAAAUCAGAGUUUUAGUAGAUGGUCAACCAGAAAAAGUAACUUAUGAUAUUGAUGGUAAAAUAAUACUUAAGGCUAAAAGAGUGCAAUUGGCUCCUGUAAAAAAGAUUGAAGGAUAAUAAGUUAAGGAAUCGGCUCCCUCUCAAACAGAAGAAUUGGCAGUUAUCAAACCGAGAAGACCAGCAUUACCUAAACCUAAAUUAAAAUUAUUUAAGGUAUAACCAUCAAACGAAAAUGCAGAAGCCCUAAAGAUUAUAGCCUAAUAAGAGAGAAAUCAUUUACAGGAAUUUAUGGAUGUGUUAGAAUUAAAACCAGGGGUUUUUCUUGAAAUUGACCAUCAUGAAAAAGGAUAACGCAAUAAACAUACUCAAGCUUAAGAUUUGCCUUAUCGAGUCUAAAAUAAAAUGGAUCAAUAUUUAGCAUCCGAAUAAUCAUAGUCUAUUCGUUUAUCCAAAGAAGAAUAUUCAAGUAUUACAAUCAACAAUAGCAUUCUAAGAGGAUCAUAUGAAUAAUCUUAUUUAAAGAAGAAGUCAGGCAUUCGAUAAAACACUACUCAGAAAACCAAGCAAAGUGAUUACGAAGAUACUAUGCCAAAAAAUGGGAUUGUGAAAGUCAAUGAUAUAGGCAAGUUCUAUGAUUUGUUGAUCAAAGACUCAGAAAUUAUAGAGGAAAACACUCAUACUGAAUUUCCACCUAUUUUAAUGGAUAAAUAUGACAGUCUUAGCAUAUAGGAAUUCAAGACUCCAAUAAAAUCAGAACUUCCAUCUAUCCCUGCUACCCAAUUCUAUAAAUAUCUAUCAAAAUAAUAACCCCCUAGUCUAUCAAGGAUUGACAACAAUAGUGUUACUGGAUCUGUGACUUCUAAAUUAACUAGAGAUAGAUCCAUGCCAGAAGUAAUUAGCAAUAUGAAAUUGCAUCAAUGUUUAGCUGCUCCUAAAAUUGGUAAGUAUUUAGGAUUUGGAAUCAAUCAAAAAUAUAAAUUCUGA